GAGUAAGCCAUGGAAGGAAGUCGAAUGAGGAAGCUCCUGAUGGUUAUGGCUGUGGCGAUGGUUCUAGUGAUUGGCGCUAAUUGCAAAGAUGUUGAUGAUGCGCCGGAAAACUUCGACAUCGGCGCUGAUGUGGUGCCAAACUUGAGCAAGCAAUGGUGUUUCAGGCUUUGUUUGGCGACAUGCGUCGACCGAGCUAUUCUCAGUUGCGUCCCUUCAUGCAGGCAAGCAUGUCACAUCACGAUGUCUGAACUCAUCUUUGAAGUUGGCCGCAUCAUUGCUGAUCCUGGGCAAACAGGCUUAGCAGCUCCUCCACCUAAUGCAGCUCCGGCUCCACCUCCAAUGGUAGUGCGUCGGAUGCUGAAUUGAUGACUUGGGAGGCUGCAUAUAUUCUUGCUUAAAGGAAUGCAAAAAUAAAGACUAAUUA